AUGGCACCCCGACGUCCACGCCCACGCACAACCUCCCACUGGACAACACUCCUCACCACCCCCACCCCCCUCCUCAAUCUCACCAACCGCUCAAAACGACGCAUCCUCCAGGCCACCGCCUCCGACAUGACCACCGCCUUCCGGCGAAUCCGCCACCUCCUAGAAACAAAAAUCCUAAGCCCGCAACACACACAACCAAUCGAGAACGUGAUCGCGCAGAUUCUGAGAACCGAGGAACGACAUUCCCGAGACCUCGAGCGACAAGUGCGUCGGGUUGAGAGGCGCUCCUUGCGCAGAAGGAUACGAUGGAUGAAGGAGAGGCGGUGGAUGAGGAAGAGUUUUGUUGGGGUGUUGGGGAAGGCGAUGAAGGUGUUUUACCCCGGACGAAAAAUAUCGGCCGAGAUGAGCAACCCGGGGGAUUACAGCGCCGUGCGACGCGACAUUGUCGCCCAACUGAAGAAGCCCGAUUAUGACGACGGCAGCGCCGGUCCGGUUUUCGUUCGUUUGGCAUGGCACUCCGCAGGUACCUACGACGCUGAAUCAGACACCGGCGGCUCGAAUGGCGCCGGCAUGCGAUACGAAGCCGAAGGAGGCGACCCCGCCAACGCAGGUCUCCAACACGGACGAGCCUUCUUGGAGCCGGUGAAGGAAAAGAACCCCUGGAUCACAUAUUCGGACCUAUGGACGCUAGCCGGCGUAGUGGCCGUCGAAGAGAUGGGCGGUCCCAAAGUCCCCUGGAAGCCCGGUCGGACCGAUCUAGUCGACGACUCGAAGGUGCCGCCACGAGGCCGGUUGCCCGACGGAGCCCAGGGCGCCGACCACCUGCGAUUCAUCUUCUACCGCAUGGGAUUCAACGACCAGGAGAUCGUUGCGCUAGCCGGCGGACAUAAUCUGGGACGGUGCCAUAUGGAUCGGAGCGGAUUCGAGGGUCCCUGGGUGAACAACCCGACUCGGUUCUCGAAUCAGUUCUUCAAGCUGCUUCUCAAGCUGGAAUGGAAGCCGCGGACGCUGUCGAACGGCGUACAGCAGUUCAAUUAUGUGGAUCCCGAUGCCGACGAGGAUGACGAGCCGUUGAUGAUGCUGCCGACCGAUAUCUCGUUGAUCACGGACCCAUCGUUCCGGCAAUGGGUGGAGCGAUAUGCGGAGGACAAGGAUCUGUUCUUUGAUCAUUUCGCCAAGGUGUUUGGCAAGCUGGUCGAGUUGGGGAUUCGACGUGACGAGCAGGGCGCCAUCGUGAACACGGACAACGUCAAGGGCGGAUACGUGUCUGCACCGAAGAAGAGCAAUACCGCCACCGGGCCGGCUAAGAAGCAGGAUGGAUGUGUGCGAGCUCGCCUAUAG